UUACUUGCUUUCCUUUCACCACCACCACCCUUCUUCUCUCAUUCAUUCUUCAGUUUUUUCUCUUAACAUGUGACUCACAAAAACCCUUGCUUUCACUCUUUCUCUCACUCUCAGGUCUAAGCUGGGCUGGGUGGUGUGCUCUAUAAUGUAAAUUACGGUUUGUGCAAAACUUGGAUUUUCUCAGAUCUAUCCAACUUCGCCCUUUUAAUCUCUUUGCAAAUCGUCAUCAUCACCAUUUCAUUUGCGAGAUCAUAAUUUUUAUGCUUUGGUUUUCCUCUCUUCCCCAUCAUUUUUCAUUUUUUUUUUCUCCGGUUGUGAGAAAGUGAGUUCUUUUUUUUGUUACCCUUUAAGCAGAUCCAACUUAGCAAGUGUAAAAUUUCAGUUUUUAUCGGUAUUCUCUUUUCGGGCCUCGCCCCAUGUUCUAGAUUUGAAGAUCUUGUUAUUGUCUCACUCUUGUCUGGACCAAGAUCUGUUCCCCCUUUUCUGAUUUUAGAUCCUGGUUUUCUUCAUGAUGUAGUAGGACUUCAAAUUUGAGAGCUUUACAUUUCACCUUUCUGGGGUUGUUUUUUCCCCCUUUGGAGUAUGAGAAUUUUCAUGAAAAGUUGGGGAGUUUGGAUCACUGAGUGAGAGAAAGAAGAGAACUAAAAACUACAAAUGAUGAAUUAUUUCCCGGACGAGGUAAUAGAGCACAUCUUUGACUAUGUGGUGUCACACCGUGACCGGAACGCUUUGUCUUUGGUGUGCAAGAGCUGGUACAGGAUAGAGAGGUUUACGAGGCAGAGAGUGUUCAUAGGGAACUGUUACUCCAUCACUCCGGAGAGGUUGAUCCAGAGGUUUCCUGGUCUCAAGUCUUUAACUUUGAAGGGAAAGCCUCAUUUUGCUGACUUUAGUUUGGUUCCUUAUGAUUGGGGUGGUUUUCUGUGUCCGUGGAUUGAGGCACUGGCCAAGAGCAGGGUUGGUUUGGAGGAGCUUAGGCUCAAGAGGAUGGUGGUCUCGGAUGAGAGCCUGGAGCUACUUUCUCGUUCUUUCACACACUUUAAGUCUUUGGUUCUUGUUAGCUGUGAAGGGUUCACCACCGAUGGCCUUGCUGCUAUAGCUGCAAAUUGCAGGUUUCUUAGGGAGCUGGAUCUGCAAGAAAAUGAAGUUGAAGAUCACAAAGGGCAGUGGCUAAGUUGUUUUCCUGAUAGCUGUACUUCACUUGUCUCUCUGAAUUUUGCUUGCCUUAAAGGAGAGGUUAGUUUGGGAGCUCUAGAGAGACUAGUGGCCAGAUCUCCUAACCUGAAGAGCUUAAAGCUGAAUCGUUCAGUGCCCCUCGACGCACUGCAAAGGAUAAUGAUGCGAGCACCUCAACUAGCGGAUUUGGGAAUCGGAUCAUUUGUUCAUGAUCCAGAUUCAGAGGCCUACAUAAGGCUCAAGAAUACCAUUCUCAAGUGCAAGUCCAUAACCAGUUUGUCAGGGUUUUUGGAAGUUGCUCCUCACUGUCUUGCAGCUAUCUAUCCUAUUUGCCCCAACCUAACGUCCUUGAACUUGAGCUAUGCAGCAGGCAUUCAGGGCAGCGAGCUGAUAAAACUAAUUCGCCACUGUGGGAAACUUCAGCGUUUAUGGAUAAUGGAUUGCAUUGGAGACAAAGGACUAGGUGUUGUAGCUAUGACAUGUAAAGACUUGCAAGAAUUGAGAGUUUUUCCAUCUGCACCCUAUGGGAAUCCAGCAGCUGUGACAGAAAAAGGGUUGGUUGCAAUAUCAAUGGGUUGCCCCAAGCUUCAUUCAUUGCUCUACUUCUGCCACCAGAUGACAAAUGCUGCCCUCAUAACCGUGGCAAAGAACUGUCCAAAUUUUAUCCGCUUUAGGCUGUGUAUCCUUGAAGCAUUGAAACCUGACCCUGAUACAUUGGAGCCGCUGGAUGAAGGUUUCGGCGCAAUCGUGCAGUCUUGCAGGCGGCUCAGGCGCCUAUCGCUCUCCGGCCAAUUGACUGACCAGGUGUUCCUCUACAUAGGAAUGUAUGCUGAGCAGCUUGAGAUGCUGUCAAUUGCGUUUGCUGGGGAGAGUGACAAGGGAAUGCUGUAUGUGUUGAAUGGAUGCAAGAAGCUUAGGAAGCUUGAGAUCAGAGACUGCCCUUUCGGCAACAUGGCACUUCUGACGGACGUAGGGAAGUAUGAAACAAUGCGAUCCCUUUGGAUGUCGUCAUGCGAAGUGACCGUCGGAGCCUGCAAGCUGCUGGCCAAGAAGAUGCCAAGGCUGAAUGUGGAGAUCUUCAAUGAGAAUGAGCAAGAGGAUUGUAGUCUGGAAGAUGGGCAGAGGGUAGAGAAGAUGUAUUUGUAUCGUACAUUGGCUGGGAAAAGGAAAGAUGCACCAGAAUAUGUAUGGACCUUGUAGGUGCAUUUUUAGGUCAUUUAAUUUCUUGUUAUUCAGAAGUUUGUACUUGCUUUUAGGCUGACUGAUUAAUGCAAUUUUAGCCGGGUGGUGUAGUGUUUUGUCAUUUCCUUGCAUUUUCUAGUUUUAUACAUGCUAGAUUGCUUUUUCUCCUAGUUAUUAUUGUUCCAUAAUGCCACUUUUUCUUACGUA